AUGGAAACGAUCGCAGAAACUCCCAAGCCUGAUAACGAAAGUUCUGAUCAUUCACAAUCGGUUCCCCCGAUUAAGGAUGUAUCCAAUACACAGUUUCUAAAUUUGGUAGAAUCCGCGCUCCUUGAUGGGCGUUCUCAAAGCAUCGUGGAGAGCUUUGUUCGCGAUAACCGUUUUCGCAAAAAAGCUAUCCCGUUGAAUUAUGCAGAGGAUAAGGAAAGGAUACGCAUUUGCUUGGAGAAUGCGGACAAACGGAUUGCCGAACUUAUGCGCGAUGGGCUGGAACUUAUCGAAGAUGUGCGAGUGGCAAGCGACAGACAUGAAGUUGAUCGUCGGAUGGCUGAAGCGGAUAUCAAGGAGAAUCUGCUCAGCAAAAUCCAUACGGAAUCGGUUGAUUCGGUGGCGAAAUUUCAAACUACGUACGAAAAAUGGACCGAAAUCAAGGAGCUGAAAGAUCCGAUGCUAAUGAACGAUGAGUUGCAGCUGCAGAAAAAUCGUGUUGAGGAAUUGCUAAAGCAGAAAGACAUAAUUAUUGCGGAAUGCCGGAAGGAAUUGCAGGCGGCUGACGAGCGAUAUGCCAGGGACAUACGCAAGCAGGUGGUUGAUAUUCAAAGCCUUGUACACCGUGCGGAUACAGAGGUAGAGGCAAUGAAGAGCAUUCUGAAGGAAAAUUUGGAUCUAAUUCAAGGGACAGUUGAGGAGGAGCGAGUGAUUUUACAAAAUGCAUCAAAUUUCAAUUGGAACGAUGUUUACGCUAAACGGGCGACGAACGAGCGCAUUAAAGUGAAGCAGAAAAAAGAACGUCUGUUGGCCAAUUUAACAGAAAUAGAACAAAUAGAACUGGAUUACGUAGAGACGACGCGUGCCACGCGGAUAAAAUUGGAUAAAGACACUCAGGCCCUGGCGAUUGAGUUGCAAAAGAUUAAAACAAACACGACGCUGAACUCAGAGAAGCUAGAUUACAGUUUUCAGGUGUUGAAGAAGAGGGAAGACGAAAAUCUUAUGGUGAAGAAUGCUCAAAAGCGUCGCCUGGCCAAGUUACAUGAAACCAUCUUUACGUUGCGCAAUAAACUGAAAGACACCAAAACAACCUAUUACAUCGAGACCGAGAAAAUGGCCAAAGUGAUUGAAAAAUUACACCACAGCGUCGAUCAUAUUCGAAGCAAACUAGAUUGUUCUAAAAAAGCUUACGAUAAACGGGUCCGAGCUAUAUGGAACUUGAAUCGAGAUGAAUGCUUCGAAAUCAUCCAGAACAUAUCGGCAAUUGACAAAAUACUUGUGGAGCAGCAUUUGAAUCGGAAGUGGACCAACAGUCUCGGUGCCAUAUCGGAUUUGCUGCAGAAUUUCGACCCUUUAUGUACUCCUAAACUGCCAAGUACCGCCAAAACAAAACGUAGUCAAACAAAUUCAAACGAGGAGCAACAUAAUGAUGUCAAUAGACUGGCAACAUUGCUGGAACAAACACGAUUUUUGAGUGAUAAAAAACUGGACACUGCCUUGAAAGAUCACCGUCUAGAUAACUGUGGAUUGACCUUGAUCUGUCUCGACAAUGUACUUAAUGCUCUUGGCAUCCAUAGCAUGGAUGGCGUUCGUCGUCUGCAGUCUGCCCAAUCGGAAAUGCAGGAUUUGAAUCAACAAGAUGAAAUUUGUGCCACUUACGAAGAAUCAUCGAUUGACAAUAAGGAAAGCGCAGUUAAUCAUAGAGCAUUAACAACAUCGCAUGAUCUUUUAGCAUUGAAAUUAUUCUGUGAAGAAGAUGAUGAUGGCAUUCACUCCCCGAGCGACAUGAAAACCGAAAAAAAGAUAUCUCUUUCCGAUACACGAAAGUUUUGGGACUCCUUUAAAAACAUCUUCCUACCGAACCAAAUGAAAGUAUGGAAUACAAUGGAAGAAAGCUUGAGCAAGUACCUUCAGGUGCUACGUGAACGACAAACCCUCGAUGAAGAAUGUAGUUUCCUGAGAAAACAAAAUCAAGAAUUGCAACAUAUAAUGCAGAAAAUGCUCAUAAAACCCGUUAACGAUGAUUAG